AUGAACUUACGGCUUAAAACUCUGAUCACCUUAAUCAUUCUCGGGUGCGUGGGAUGUAUGGUCUUUCUGAUGGGAACAAGUUUUAGAAGGAAAGGUGGUGUAGCAGAAACAACAAUACGUGAAGGAGUUAACCAUGCUGCUACUAUAGUCAUCAGUAAUAAUAAUAGGAUAACGAAAGAUUUAACAAUUCCGAUACCAUCAGAGGAGGUAGAGCUCGUUGAAAUAUCUUCCAUUGAAAAAGGUAUUUCUCGGCAAAAGGCUUUUCAAAUGCAAUCCAGCCAAUGCUCAGCAACCAUGAGUGCAGCUCGCUCCAGCUCUUCUCUCUUCGCGCCCACAACCUUUCUUACUCAUAAAGAAGAGUGGUCAAAUUUUUCUCCUUCUGUUACGGAAAUUCAAAAUGAAACAGAUAUGAGAGAGUGGUUUUCAAAGAAUAUGGAUUUUUGGAAGAGACUUACCAAUAUGAAUUAUGGAGAGGAAUUAGAUUCAAGAAAAGUUGAGCUUAACUCUCUAGGCCUAACCCUUAAUGCACAUCUUGAACCCGAUCGAGAUCAUUUACCGAUAUGGAUCCGAGUGUUCAGAAGAAUUGAUCCCUUGCAUCAUGUUCUGGAUGCCAUAUGCAAAGUAGAUGAUAUCCACAAAACCACUCUAUACGUUACUGUAGAUGGCGACAAGUUUGGAAGUAUUUUUGAGCUAUUGCUACAAGUUCAUUGUGUCAAAAUCAAGAUUUUCUUUCACCCUUUUUCUAUAAUCGAAAAUCCUUAA